UAAUUGGUCACUGUAAAUUGUCCUGCGAUUAGGCGCGUGUUAAAUAGGUGGGAUGCUAAGCAGUGCAGCUUCUUGGGAGGGAAGAAGCCGUACGCGCUGUAUCUCGAAAUAAUUAAAUAACUUCUGCUUUGCGCAGGUUGAACCCUGACAAUCAAAUUACACCAUUAGAUUUACAUCACUAUCUAAGAAGUGGACUGUCUAAAACUGAACAUAUUUUAAUGGGAUUAUUGCAUGUUCCAUUUCUAUCUAUCUUUGAAUAUUCCUUGUCAUUUCAAUUAACCCUCUCUUAUGUUCUUCUCCUGCCUUCAAUCAAAUAGACAGGCACAGACACAUUGCCACCUAUCUAUAUUUACUCACACUGGUAGGGCUGACCAAGUAAGGAAGGACAAGGCUAAAUUUAGCUUCCUCUGGAGAUCUAUGCUCUGAAACAUUUGUUGUAGUAUUUGUGUAGGUUACCAGCCACAGCUAGCAGCGUGGAUCAAUUUAAAAACUUUGGUCGCAGAAGUACAUUUUGGAAUCCUUUCUUUUGCAUUACCUGAUCACUUGAGAAUUGAUAGCGCAUUGUGGUAUCAAUCUCCAUUUGGUUGUUUCUUUACGUCAGCAGCUAUCCCAACGCAAAAGAAAAUUUAAGGAGUGACGGAAACGAACUAUGUCUGGAUGUGUUUGAAACUGAGUAGAAGAGAUUUUAUUGACAUGGAAUUGGAGAUUAUGUGGCCUGUGAAAAUGAGCCUGGUGGAUAUCACCAAGAUAUUUUCCAUGCUCCAGCCUAAAGAUGAAGAAAUUGACAAUGGGGAAAUAACUCAGCUGAAUCAAGCAGUUUCUAAUGAUGAUGACAAACUAUUAGCUGAGCUUUUAUCUCAGGAGAGGUAUGCUAGAUUUAUUAACAGCCGGAGUGGCUGGGGUGUUCCAGGAACUCCUCUUCGUCUAGCGGCCAUGAGAGGACAUGUAAAAUGUCUGGAGGUUCUGCUAGAUCAUGGCGCCGAGGUGGAUAGUCUGGAUGUGAAGGCACAAACUCCUUUAUUCACUGCUGUUAGUGGUAGGCAUUUGGAUUGUGUCCAGGCCUUGCUUAGGGCUGGAGCUAAUCCCAACGGUAGUAUAUAUAACAAUAGCUCACCUAUACUGGUUGCUGCCAGAGAAGGAGAAGUGGAGAUUUUGAAGGAACUGUUGGAACAUGGAGCAGAAGUCAAUGUCCGUUCCAAAGCACCAGAAUGGGCCUCCAAUCCUUGUGCGUGUAGUGGUCCCCUCUACCUCUCUUUGGUGUACGGGCACUUUGACUGCUUUCGCCUUCUUCUUCUGUAUGGAGCCAACCCAGACUUUAACUGCACCGAGGAAAGAUUGCUGUCACGCAUUAAGCCAAGGAAGACUGCACUGGAGAUGUGCUUCAGAUAUGGCUGUGGGAUUGAAUAUGUCCAACUGCUGAUAGACUUUGGAGCAAAUGUUUAUUUACCAGAUCUCACUGCAAAUAAAAAUAUAAGCCAAAAUGAUGUAUUUAAACUAUUAAACCAAGCCAGAGCUCAACCAAGAUGUUUGAUGUCACUAGCCAGGAUAACCAUCCGCAAGUAUCUGAAAGAGCAGAGCAGACUACAUUCCAUUGACCAGCUGGACAUACCACCAGUCCUAAAGAACUAUGUAAAACAUCAAGUCUGAGCUGACACUCAAGGCACUGCUGGUUUACGUGACACGUGUUCUGUAGCGAUGAGAUAUAUUGGGCCAAAGCUUAUCUUUAUCAUGCCCAUUUUUAUGACCUUAAAAUAGACAGAUCUCAUCUGUAAGAGAGUCAGACACUUUCAGUCUCAAACAGUUAUGAAGUUGUAAUGGGUUUGUGUUACAUUGUAACGUUCAUUUUCUGCCUCUCAGAAAGCCUAUGGGCAGUGCAGGCUUUACUCAUCUUUUAGCACCAACAUGCAUGUAUGUAAUGUAUAAGACUAUUUCUUGAACUGCUUAAAAGUAAGCCUUUAUUAAAUGGUGGAAUUUUACAAUGGAAUGAUUCAUAAAACAAUUUGUUAUAAAAGAAAUGACAUAAAUUUCAAGAGACUCCCUCAAAUUCAAUCACGCAUCACUGUUAAUUUCAGCGCAAUGCAAUUCAAACGCACUAUCAGUAGAGUGCAAUGUAGUAACAAUAAUUUCCAGGACAUAUCGUGUUACAUGCAAAUUCAUUCAAGCACUUCAUAGUGUGAUUAGCAUAUGUGCGCAGAGUUGUCAGGGAAGUUAUUUCACAUUGAUCCAGGACCAGCAAACCUUGGCUACUUCCAGAACAACCGUGUUUUCAUUGUGCAGCACUGGGUAGUCAGCAAGGUAAGUACUACAUCAUCCAUCAACCUUCUGGAUGCCACUCCAUGCUCCUCAUCCCAAAUCGUACUGCUGACCUCCCAUGACACAAGAAAAUAGGAGCAGGUGUAGGCCACCGGGCCCCUCAAGCCUGUCACAUCAUUCAACAUGUUGGCCUUAACUCCUCUUCUGUGCAGUACCUGAAAUUCUGCAAUUCCUCUAUCUUUCAGAUAUUGUAUUCCUGAUAUGGUCUCAUCCUGUACAAAGUUAACAAAACCUGCCUAUUCUUAAACUCCAAUUUUUUUGUAAUAAAGGCCAACUACUGUUUGCCUUCUUCACUGUUUAUUGGAUCUGUCUGCCAGCAUUUUAUGCUUCAUGCACUAGAACAUCCAGAUCCCUCUGAUCUUCAAUUAUUUGCAGUCUGUCACCACUUAGAUAAUAAUUUGCCUUUUGUUUCCUCUUCCUGAAGCACACUUCCUUUCAACACUCUGAUCCUGAACGCCGCACCCUCCUCCUAAUUGGCCAUGGCCACAACUCUCCAUUCCUCCAGUUGGUAACAGACUUUGACUCAUUGAACUUGCCCUGACAUACCGCCCAAGCUUUUGAGACCCUGAAGCCUCAGUGAAAAUCCUGAUCUCCAUUUUUCCUGAUUCAAUUUCCAUGAAUGGUGAUCAAAAUCAGCACCCCAUGACACUAUUGAUUGAAUUAAUUUGACAUCCCCCACUCCAGUUAGCACUCCAUUUGUAGUAUCCAAAGGAAUAGCUACAUUGCUACUUCUGUAGUAUUCAACACUCUACAAUUCCUAAACCACAGUAUAUUUAAGUAACACACACAAAAUGCUGAUGGAAUGCAGCAGGCCAGGCAGUGCUUCUUCCUAUAGAUGCUGCCUGGCCUGCUGUGUUCCACCAGCAUUUUGUGUGUGUUGUUUGAAUUUCCAGCAUCUGCAGAUUUCCUUGUGUAUAUUUAAGUGGUCAGCUAUUUCAUGAAUGAUUUACUUGAUAAAGUUAAGUUUAUCAAGUAAACAAAAAGAAGGCUCAAGCUCCAUUUUCUAUCUCAUAUUCAUUGAUUUGUUACAUAUAUGUGUGAACUGAGUUGUGAUGUACUAGAUAGAUUGUCCAGGUUUCCACGUGAACAGUGGUUACCUUUGCUCAGAACUAAGAUUUCCUUGGUGGCCCACUGAUCAAUUCACAAUCCAAAGGAAGAAAACAGAAAGGGGCAUCCAUUGAAGUAAAUACAAUCCUUUUUACAUUA